UGUGUGUGUGCGUGUGUGUGUGUGUGUGUGUGCGUGCCCCCUACCCCAUCCCUCCACCCCCUAUCUCUUUACAGGACUGCCAGUCCGUCUAGAGUUAUUCCAGGAAUGCGUUGAACAUGGCUGCCGCGAUGAAGGCGCAGAAAACGGGACUGCUGGAACUUCGAGUGACCGUGGACCGCUGGAUCCGGGUGUUGGCCACUCUUACCGAGGACACGCUAACACUAAACCCCGGUGAGGGUGCCGAGGAGCCCGCGAAGCCCAACCCGAGCCCCGCCGGUGCUAUCAACGGAGACCCCCCGAACCUAAGCUCGUCCCCUGUCCCGGAAACCAUCACCAACGUGAAGCGCACCGUGCGAGUUACCAAGCAAGAUGUUGGAGGACUUGGAAUCAGUAUCAAAGGUGGUAGGGAGAACAAGAUGCCAAUCCUUAUCUCCAAGAUUUUUAAGGGCCUGGCUGCUGACCAGACUGAGGCGCUUUAUGUUGGUGACGCCAUACUGUCUGUCAAUGGUUAUGACUUACGGGAGGCCACGCACGACGAGGCUGUGCAAGCACUGAAGAAAACUGGCAAAGAAGUCAUCCUCGAAGUGAAGUACAUCAAGGAGAUGUCGGCCUUCUUUAAAAACUCGGGGUCCCCCGGGGCAACCCACCCCUGGGAGUCUCCCCCCUCCACCCCGCAGAGGGGAACCGAACUCUCACCUGCUGAGGUGAAGGAGCCCCGCAGCAUCCCGCUGAAGAUGUGCCAGGUGUUACGAAAACAGUGCCCCCCGGACACAGAAAACAGGUAUUUUGAGGUGAUUUCGUCCAACAGAAAGAACUCUGUGUUUCUGCGGGCAAAGGACCCAGCCAUGGCUCAGUCCUGGUAUAAUGCCAUCCAGACUGGCGCUGCCAACCUUUUAUCACGGGUGAAGGAGGAGAUGAAGAGCAUGCAACUUGGCAUGGAGGUCAAACAUCUGGGCUGGAUUACAGAGCAGGUGACCCAGGGUCCAGAGAAACCACUUCUGGCCAUGUUGACCGACAGAGACCUGCUCCUGUAUCCCUGCUUGCCUGAAAGCAAAGAGAGCCUCAGCAGCCCCACCAAGAGUCACCCACUCAUUGCUACCAGACUGGUCCACUCUGGCCCAGGAAAAAGUUCUCCUCUCCUGGACUCUGACCUCUCGUUUGGCCUGCGUUCUGGCACUAAGCAAGGCGUGGAGACCCAUGUGUUCAGGGUGGAUUCUGCCAAGGAGCUAUCCACCUGGACUCAUCUGCUGGUGGAGGGUUGCCACAAUGCUGCUGAGCUCAUCAAGGAGGUCACCACGGCCUGUAGUUGGAAUGGGAAGGAGUGCACCCUGGGAGUCCACAUUGAUGAGGGUUUCACACUAUUCACAGAAGAGAUGGGUGUCAGGAAAAGUAUUCUGCUUCAGCAACCUUUUGAGCGCCUAAGAAUGUCCUCAGAUGAUGGAGUUCGCAUGAUAUUCCUCGACUUUGGAGGCCCAGAGGCCGAGAUUCAACUGGACCUCCGCUCUUGCCCUAAGACCAUAGUCUUCAUCAUCCACUCUUUCCUGUCUGCUAAGGUCAAGCGACUUGGCCUCCUGGCAUGAUGAUGGCAAACCAUCCAGCAAUAGUAAUAUUUAAUAAAACACAGCCAGAAGACUCUGAAACAGCAGAGGAUGUGGCCCAGGAAAAGAUGCCGACUAACCCCUUCUUUUUCAGCCCUUCUAGGCUUCUAAAAUGGUCGUCUCUGGUCAGGCUCCUGCUGGUAUAACUUGGUGAAUAAAUGAGAAAGCUUUGAUGGACAUUGAUGGACCUUUUGUUGAACUUGUAGUUGUAAGGUAAAGAGGUUUUACAGAUGGAGUAAGUCAGCAGCCACUGAAGGGAUCUGACAUCUGUCAAAUCUCUUACGGUGGGUCAUCGCCCUUUAUGAUGGUAAACUGUGUAAAAGGACAGCCUGCAUCUUCAUGUUUUUAAGCUUGAAGUUCCAAUCAUUUUAUGUUUUUUCGCCCCAUUGUUCACAUCUGUUUUGUUUCAUAAGUCACGACAGGCCUUUGUCAUGGGCAUCCUUUCAUCUUUCAAUCGUUGCUUUAUGUGCUGUGAGCAGUCAUAACAAAAGUUAUUUCAUAAAUGUCCUGAAAGAUGUUGGACAAUGUUUUUUUUUAUAAAGGCAGCAUCAGCGAGGUGACAGAAUGACAUGAGUGCUACAUGAUCAAUAGUCUGUACUGAAGAAUGUAAAGAAUACAACUAUAACUAUGUGCUUUUCAUGUGGAUGCCUAGGUUGCCCUGGUUUACCCUGUUUUUUCUUCAUGAAAAAAGAUACACACUUUUUGUCAUAACUUCCAAAUGCCAAAUCACAUAAAUGUUCCUUGAACAACUUUUUAUUUCAUUUCAUUCUGUCUCCCUUCUUCCCUGUUUCAAGUGUUCUCAUCCAUGGCAUAACAAAGAGAAAUGAAUAACAGAGUAUGCUAUAAAAGGCUUUUUUUGUGUUUUAGCUUAACCAAUAAGUUAGAUAACGUGUAAUUUUCCUAACAAACAAAUACACCUUGCUUGAAUGUGGAUGGCCUUAGACAGGGAGUACGACUCUGCAGUUUCAUAUCAUAUCAGCCCACGUGAAGUACAAAAGAAGAGCUCUUGUGUUUUUUAGUCCUACUGACAAAGGUUGUUCUACAAUGAUGACAAACAUUUGGGCGUUUUUCUCUGUACUGCAUAUUUUAAUCAUGACAAAGGACACACGGUCUUCAUCAGAAAGCACUGAUGGUCCAUUUCUACACAAUUUGUCCAACAUUUAAGUAUGUUAAUUUACCAUAGAAAAGAUGUUGAGUUGUUUACAUCAUAAAGUGUUUUUUUCUUUCUCUAUUAUUUGUGUUGACUGAAACAUCCACAUCUUGGCGCCUUCUCUCUGUGUCCAACACUAAACAGACUUGUAUUAAUAUAUAUUUCAAAACUAAAACCUGUUUGUUUUCAUGAAUAAAAUGUAUUGUAUAUUCCUAUUUAAACAAAAGGUGUGCCUUGCAGGGUUGUUUGUAUAUAAACAUGUAAUAAACUUUCUUAACUUUCA